AUGGGUCUCUCAGAUAACGACGUUGAGAAAAUUAAAGGUAUAUUUACAGAUCGGUUUCUACAGACUAUUGCCGAAAGAGUUGCCCAGGUCCUCGAAAGGAAGUAUGAGACAAGGCUGCGAGAGCAGGAACAUACCAUCGUUGAACUCAAAGAAGAGAUCAGGGACCUUAGGGACACGCAGGACACAAUUCUAUGGACGGUUGAUGACCAGGAACAGGCAUCUCGAAACCUUAAUGUAAGAGAUUUGGCCUACCCAUGGACAACGGUGAUAAUUUACAUAAAAAGGUACAGGACAUUUUUAAAGGUAUUAAAGUAA